GCCAAACGAUCGUUGCGAAUUCGACUUGAUCUCUACAAACACGCAGAGUCCUCGGUUCGAUUCCGGCUCUAGCAUUCCACUUUUGCUCGAUUGUCAGGCAAGAUGAACAGUUUCGUCACUAUGCCGAAGACCGAGGCGCGGAAAAAGUUGAUCGGAAAGAGCAUCCCAACACCUACAACAUAUAGUCUUACAGGUACUUCAUUUCGCCAAAUCUAUAGCAUAUAGCUUGAGUAACAGCAGGACGAAUACAUCGUAACACUCUGAACGUCCGAAACAGCGAGUUCGACAUACGCAGCAUACCCUACCUAUGCCUCCUUCUUGCGAAUCGAAAUACAUCUCUGUAGGGGCCAACCGGUUCUGUUCGGUCUCUUCUGCGGACCCUCGGACGGGAAUUGUCGCUUUCGGUGCUGGACAGGUCGUAGCGCUAUGGGAUCCUAGAGAUCCUAGCGGACGACUAACGAGAAAGACCCUACCCGGGCAUUCCGCUCAAGUCACCACUGUCAAACAUCUCCCUCUGCCCUCUGGAAGUGGGAGAGAAGAACAUCGCUCCUCCAGCUGCCCGCUGAUAUCCGGCGACGAACAGGGAAACAUUAUCCUCUGGACGAGCAAAGGGGAUUCGAGCGGGUACGAGAGCCAGUUCAAUUACCAUAAACGAUGGGAAAAGAAGGCCCAUGAAGGCUCCGUCUGCUCUCUCGGGGUGUUCACCUCGGAACAGGACUCGUCAAUAUCGACAUCUAAAACGACGGGUCUGAUCUUAUCAGGGGGUAAUGAUGGGAAGGUCAAGAUCUUCAGCUGGAUAAUGCAAGGAGAGGAAGUCACGAUGGAAGAAGUCCAGGAACUCGGAUUGAACGGAAGGAUGCCCUUGGAUAUCGUCUUGACGACUCUGCCUGAUUCGAACGACUUGGUGUUGGCCAUCGCGCUGACGGAGAAGAAGAUCCACCUCUACUCUUCACCUGGCAUCACGCCGACUAGCGUAUCAACUUCAUCGUCAACACCAACCUCGGUAAAGUUUUCGAAAGCUUUGACACUGGAAGGCCAUGAAGACUGGAUCAGGUGUCUCGAUUUCGCCCGAUAUCCCCGCUCGGACGCUCAAGACGGCGAAAACGACGUCAUGCUAGCUUCGGGCUCUCAAGACGGGUACAUUCGUCUCUGGCGACUAUCGCCCGUGCCGAACGCGGAGAAGGGGAAAAGUGACAAUGCCGGUGCCGGGAAUGGGACAACCGAUCUGGACGAUGAGAUGUUUGACGAGUUCGAGCGGACGGUCACGGGUGAUCAGGGCGGGAGUCGGCAGUUGAGUACGAAGGCGCAUGUUAUGGCGGUCCAGGGACCUGGUGGAGAAGGGUUGGCACAUUUUGGGAUCUCGCUCGAAGCCCUUUUGAUCGGUCAUGAAGGCAAACUCACCAACGUUCAUUUCAGUCCAUCCCAAAUUUACGAAUCGCCUCGCCUACUAUCGACCGCAGCAGACAAUUCGAUGAUCAUCUGGGCCCCGGAAGCACAAGGUCAAGGCGUCAACACUAUCUGGCUUCCGAAACAACGGUUCGGUGAAUUGGGCGCCGGAAGGAGUCUGGGAAUGUUUGGUGCGCUUUGGAGUACGAGCGAUAGUGCCGCGAGGAGGGAUGUCAGCGUGGUCACCAACAGCUGGAGUGGCGGGUUGCAGAGGUGGAGGCAAUCCAGCGAUGAUCCCGACGAGGAACAAUGGGUAUCCGAGAUCGCGCCUACCGGGCACGCUCUUGCGGUCGAGGAUCUCGCAUGGGACCCUUCGUCAUCGUACCUCCUUUCCGUCAGUACGGAUCAGACAUCCAGGGUACACGCACAAUGCCGAUCCAAGACCGAGGGUUCGACGGUUUGGGGAGAGCUGGGACGUCCGCAAGUGCACGGGUACGAUCUUACCUGUGUAGCGUUUCUGGAUCGCCUAAGGUUCGCAAGCGGUGCGGAUGAAAAGGUCGUCCGAGUGUUCGAUGCGCCGAAAGGGUUUGCAGCUAGUUUAUACGGGUUGGGCGUCACUCAGGAGGAUUUGACAGAGUCAGCGCGAGCUGUUGGAGCUAGUGUCCCGCCUCUUGGUCUGUCCAACCGAGCGCUCGACCAGCCUGUUCAGGAAGACGCACCGCAAGCAGAAGAGAAGGGUUUCAACCAUGAGCAUGUGUCGAUCUCGACCGAAAUGUCGGUGCUUCCCACCGAGGCUGUGCUAGCGAGCUCAACGUUGUGGCCGGAAGUCGAAAAGCUGUACGGUCAUGGGUACGAAUUGAUGGCAGUUGCUGCAUCGCCUCGGGGUGACCUCCUCGCCACUUCCUGUAAAGCUACAUCUGCCGAACACGCCGUCAUUCGGGUUUACGACACCAUGACAUGGAAACAAGUGGGAGCUCCACUUCCAGGGCACAACCUGACGAUCGCACGGAUACGAUUCAGUAACUCUGGUAACUUUGUAUUGAGCUGCUCGCGAGAUCGGACAUGGCGACUUUUCAAACGGAAUCAAGAAGGCGAAGGCUUUGUGCCGGCUGCUGCGGAUCGAUCGCAUUCUAGAAUCGUGUGGGAUUGUGCAUGGGCACCGGAUGACUCGUACUUCGUCACAGUGUCUCGUGACAAGCAGAUCAAGAUCUGGACAGCGCUAUCUGGCAAGGAUGGAGAGUGGAAAGAGUCCCUGAACCACAAGAUGCCUGCGAGCGUAACAGCAGUAGAUGUAAUCCGGGAUCGAACGCGAGACCGGGACCUUUUGGCCAUCGGCACCGAAUCUGGCCAGAUAUCAAUCUUCUCUGUGAAUCAGUCCGGCAAGGCACUCGAACAGAUCACUGAGUUGGGAGAGCACGAACGGCAUGUACAGCAAGUAUCCAGACUUUCUUGGCGACAGGGAACCCGAUCGAAUUCGCACUUCGAAUUGGCCAGUACAAGCGAGGAUAGAAGCGUGCGGGUGACAUCCAUUAUCGUAUGAGUUCGCCAGUCGAAUAUUUGGCUGGCGAUUACAGGGAUGUCCAUAGCAUAACGAUAUCAUUUUAUGGACCCAUCGGGCUUA